ACACACCUCCACUCAGGUACAUAAGUAUCUGUGCAGGUGCUUCUCAAAAAGGAGUGACUCCACCAACAGCUGUCUGGUAACCCUCUCAGCAAAAUGUCUUCUGAUUAUAUUGGAUCCUCUUUAAGGAGCCAUGCAAGGAACAACAAUGCCACUGUUGCUCUUAACAAUGCAGCAGAUAUCUCCGUUAUUGUGAUUUACUUUUUGGUUGUAUUGGCUGUCGGAGUAUGGGCUAUGAUCCGCACCAACCGAUCCACUGUCGGUGGCUUCUUCCUUGCAGGCAGGAGUAUGGUGUGGUGGCCGAUCGGAGCAUCUCUCUUUGCCAGCAACAUUGGCAGUGGCCACUUUGUAGGAAUUUCUGGCACCGCUGCAGCUGCAGGACUAGCCAUUGGUGGAUUUGAAUGGAAUGCUCUUAUAGUGGUCGUCAUUCUGGGAUGGCUCUUUGUUCCCAUCUACAUAAAAGCUGGGGUGGUUACAAUGCCAGAGUACCUGAAGAAGAGAUUUGGAGGACAGCGUAUUCGCAUCUAUCUCUCUGUGCUGUCACUCUGCCUGUAUGUUUUCACCAAGAUCUCAGCAGACAUGUUCUCUGGGGCCAUUUUUAUCAACCAGGCUCUCGGGCUGAAUAUCUACCUUGCUGUUGUCAUGCUACUAUUGAUUACUGCACUGUACACUGUCACAGGUGGAUUGGCUGCAGUGAUCUACACAGACACGUUACAGACCAUCAUUAUGCUUGUUGGAUCAUUCAUCCUAAUGGCCUUUGCUUUCAUUGAGGUGGGAGGUUAUGAAAACUUAGAGAAGCUCUACAUGGAGGCCGUCCCUUCUGUGACGGCAAACAUCAGUUCAAGCUGCUACAAGCCUCGCCCAGACUCCUUUCAUAUCUUUAGAAACGCGAUUACAGGAGACCUGCCAUGGCCUGGCCUUGUGUUUGGACUCACCAUUCAGGCCACUUGGUACUGGUGCACUGAUCAGGUGAUUGUCCAGCGCUGCCUCUCCGCCAAAAAUUUAUCUCACGUUAAGGCAGGCUGUAUCUUGUGUGGCUACCUGAAGCUGUUGCCAAUGUUCCUCAUGGUUUUUCCCGGCAUGAUCAGCAGGAUACUCUAUCCUGAUGUGGUGGCAUGUGUGGACCCAGUAAAAUGUCAGGAAUACUGUGGCGCCAGUGUGGGCUGCACCAACAUCGCUUAUCCCAAACUGGUUGUGGAUCUCAUGCCCAAUGGUCUGCGUGGUCUUAUGCUGUCCGUGAUGCUGGCUUCUCUGAUGAGCUCACUUACCUCUAUCUUCAACAGUGCCAGUACUCUGUUCACCAUGGACAUCUACACUAAGGUUCGCCGCUCCGCCAGUGAGAAAGAACUCAUGAUUGCUGGCAGAGUGUUUAUCUUGAUCCUGAUUGGUGUGAGCAUAGCAUGGAUCCCUGUGGUGCAGUCAGCCCAGAGCGGUCAGCUCUUUGAUUACAUCCAGUCCAUCACCAGCUACCUCACACCACCCAUUGCAGCUGUCUUCAUGCUUGCCAUCUUCUGCAAACGUGUCAAUGAGCCUGGUGCUUUUUAUGGCCUCACAAUCGGCCUGUGUAUUGGCCUCUCCAGGAUGAUUGCUGAGUUUGCUUUUGGGACUGGCAGCUGUGUUAACCCCAGUAACUGUCCCACCAUCAUAUGUGGGGUCCACUACCUCUACUUCUCCAUUAUCCUGUUUGUUAUCUCCUGUAUCAUCAUCCUGACAGUCUCUCUCAUGACCAAACCCAUCGACGACAAGCAUUUGUAUAGGCUGUGCUGGGGCCUAAGGAACUGUACUGAGGAAAGGGUGGACCUUGAACAGGAUGAUUGGGUUGAAAACAGAGAUUCCAACUAUAUGGAUGUAGAAGAACCCGAGGAGGAGCCAGGCUUGUGCAAGAAGGCAGUGAUGUGCUUCUGCGGCCUGGAGCAUAAAAAAGCCCCCAAGCUGAGUGCAGAGGAGCAGGCAGAGCUGCAGAAGAAGCUCACAGACACCACGGAGGUGCCUCUAUGGAGGAACGUUGUGAACGGCAACGCCAUCAUCCUUUUGUGUGUGGCUGUUUUCUGUCAUGGUUUUUUCGCUUAAAGAAACUCGCAUCACCUCAAUUGCACUCGGAUACUGUAAUUUAUAUUAAAAUGCCAGGAUUUUUUUAUGAAUUUAAUUUAUGAUCACAUGAACUGUUCAGUAGUCCCCCAUCCUUUAUUAUAAGAUAAUGAACUUGUACACCAUUCUAUAGUGUAUUAUUAGUACUAUGUCGCAAUAUGUGUCGUAUUUGGCUACUGAACUCCUCCAGGACAUAAGGUAUAUUUUUGUAAAGUAGAUGCCCGUCUAAAACUCUAAAAACAUAUCAUAACUGUACACAGGUUGUAUAUAAUCUUUAAUUUCUGCUAACUUUGCCUUUUGGCAGCUGAAUUUAUAAUAAAUUAAAUAUUGCAUAAUAAUAACAUUAUGCUGAAACACCCCCCCCCCGCACAGAUGUAGGUCUUCCAGUGUUCGCUCACAGCUUUCUUCCUUGUCUUUAAUGUUGCCUUUGUGAUUUUAAGCAUAAUGAGAACGUUAGAGCAGUUCAUGAAUGGAGCUGCAGGGUGACUCAUGCUCGUCUUCACCUGAAAUUGACUUUCAAGUUUGCAUGUAACGGACGAGAAAGUGAAUUGACCCAGGUUCAUUUUUAUGUUUUUUAAUUGCAAAGGAGGGAUAAACAGAAACUUACUUGUAAUACAUUAAAGAUGUGGGUAUCUGAGGACAAGAUAGAAGAUUUUUAAAUUCCUGGUAAUUACUGUAUUUGCUACCUCAUUCUACCUAGGCCUUGUUUUUCUGUGCUCAAAGUCCAUGAACGCUGUCACUUCUUAAAUCUAUACACCUUUUUGUAUGUUGUUUUAGGUGUUAAUGAAUAAAAACAUUUCAGUGAAGAAAGUUGUGAAUUACACAGAG